AUGGUGUCCUUCUCAAUCUUCAAAUCGCUCGCCAACGCUCCCCGCUACGUCGCCAGUCGAGUGGGGGGAUAUCUCUGGGGAUCUGUAGCAGCCGACCCCGAGGACCUGCAGCAUAUCGACGUUGAUCGACGCCGAUCGUACUGGGGGGCCCGUCUGCCGAUACGACUCAUCGACUGGUUCAACUACGCGCGACCUUGGGACGGCUACGCUCCGUACCCCGUCUUCGCCGCAGACGACAUCCUCCGAUGGCUGGGCGACCUGCCGAAGGGGCAUUGGCAACCGCAGACUCGAGGUGGCGUCAGGAUCGGUGCAUCCUUCCGGGUCGGGCUGGCGCAGCUGUCAGAGCAACUGGAACGCGCGUGCAAGGACAUUGUCGACCAUGUAUUUCCCAUCUUCGACCGCUACGGCGAGCGCGAGCCCGAUGCCCCCUUUACUCCUUACACGGUUACUCGAGAGGAAUUGGACACGGUUUUCGAAUCAGCGGAGGAAGGCUUGAGCUCGGUGCAGGAAUGGCAAGCGAGGCUACUCUCCAACGUAGGCUUCUUAGCUUGGUUCACGGCGAGCAUGGACAGCUGGAAGGACUGUAUGGGGAACGAGACACGGGAGUUCAUCAUCAGUCUAGCCCUCGAGAGCCGCCCCCUGCGCGGAUACCUGAUCAAUCUCGCCGUCGACUACCCUUGGAUCGAUAUCGCGCAGCUGAUAGAGCACGAAGUCCCCUUCCACUACAUCUGGACGCCUGCCGCGCAUUUCGACAGUCGGUACCUCCGAGCCUACCCGUUCUUGGUCGCGCGCACGCUCGAGUGGUGGAAGCAGAAGGGCGUGGAGCCGACGGACGACGACAUCCUCCAAGGUCAGGGUGACCUGCGAGCCGUAUGGGAGUACGAUCGCCUCUUCCAAUGCACGGCCCCUGAGGAGCUACCCGACGAGAUACACCCCGAUGACCGCCGCAGGCCUCUGCCCACCGACUGCACUUACACCAUAAGACUGUACGAGGACUGGCACGAGUUCGAGACCGCGCGGGUGGACGUAGUCUCGCGGGUAGCCGACCGCUACGCUGUCGGACGCCCUCGCCGCCCGUUGGUGAAGGACGACUCGCGGGAGGAGCUUCGGGUAUAUGCGUGGCUGGCGAAAGGAGCGAGCAAGGACACGCGCACGCCAAAGGAGAGGGCUCAAGACCCAUCCUGGAGAAUCGACGAGACGCUGUUCGACUUGCCCGAAGUCAUGACCCGAGGGAAGGGCGUGAAUGGUCGAGAAAUGCGCCGCUAUCGAAAUGCACCCUACCCCGAAGAGAUGCUCCGCGACGAGAACGUGACGGAUGAUGAGGACAAAGUCGUCCAAGCCCUGGAGGAGCAGAUCCUGAUGGAGGGGCUCUGGAAGGACUCGCCGAUACCGAACCGCACAGGUAUGACCGCUGAGGGAGAAUGGGAGAGGGUUCGCGCUUUCAUCCCCGCGAUCGAGUACGACAGCAGCAAGCAGUACGACACCAUCCCCGAGAUCGAGACCGAGAUCGGACCGGAAGACAUGGACGUCGACCGCCCCGAGGAAGCCAAGAGCAAGCCAACGCUCAUCGAGAGACUAUCGACCCCCACGGCGAGACCAGUAGGGACGUUACGCGACCGGAUUGGACAGAGAGUGCCGGAUAACUGGAGACCCCCCGAGGAGAGGACCCGGGCGCAGUCGAGCCGGGAGCGACAGGUCAUCACUGCGGCAGGUCCCUCCCGUCGCAGCGCCUCGCCUGAGCGCCGAGGAACGCCCUCGCCGUCACUACUAGCUCGAUUCCAGUCGACGUCGACGGUGGAGCUGGGGGCGUCAAUCUCGUCACGUAACACGUCCGAGCUAUCUCUAGCGACUGACCUCCUCCCGCCGUCGAGCUCACGGAUCAUCCCGCGUCACUCUAAGGACUGGUCGGAUGCGUGGAGCAAGAUGAAGCAGCAGCUGAGCGCGAUUGGACUCAAACUCACGGGGCAAGAGCAUCCGCGAGCACGGCUACCUCACGACGCGGUGACACUAGCGGAGGAGGUCAAGACGGAGGGCUACCUGUUCUUCGAGCGCGCGCAGGACUGCGUGCGAUUCUGGAUCUGGAUGCUGGAGAACCCACGGGCGCGAGCGGAAAUCCUGGUCGAGAAGGCUAUCUGCGCUGGCAUCCCGCUGACGAUAAUGCUCCCGGUCACCUACUACACUAUCGAGCCCCCGCGGAAGCCCGUCUCGGAUCAGGAGAGUCACUACAUAGAAAUGGUGGAAUUCGGACAGGGGGGAACCAAUCUUUUCCUUCGUUGGGUCUCGGGAGUGAAGGACAUCGCCCGCCGGCCACACGCGGCGGCGAUUUACCUCAAAGGGGGCUACGUAGCGCGCGUGCUCGAACGAUGGGCGGCAGAGGAACUCCCCCCCGACUGGGGGAAGGGGCCGUGCCUCAAGACCCGAGACACUUUCGCCGGGAAGUUGCGCGGACCCGGCGCUCCAGUCCCCAAGCUGUUCAGCGACUACGCGGCGACAGAGGAGAUUAACUACCUGCUGGGGACUAUGAAGGCGAUACCGGGGCAGGGGAAGCAAGACGAGAACACGGUGCGCUCUGCCUUUCCGCCGGCGGACCUGGCCGAAAACCCUCGUCUCUGGCCGAGCUGCGGGGAAUGGACGGUGGAGGAGGAGAAGUUCUUCCAGUUCAUCGCGGACAAGUUCGAGCACGGACGAUGGAGCUUGCCCUCGCGGAAGCAAUGGCGGGAAGUCCUGAGAGACCGCGCCCGGUCGCGACGCCCGCGCGUCGAGCUCAAGGACCUUCUCGAUGAGCAGGUGGUAGAUGACUGGCGGGACUAUCUCGGAAGGGCGUACGCCGCCGACCCAAGCUAUCUGCCGAUCGCCUCGCUGGGGGACAUCGGAGAACCUACGCGUCUAUUUUACGACUGA